AACUUUGCUUAUGUUUUGCAAGAAUUUUACAUUGGCAUUGCUUGAAUGUCUUUUAUCUGCCUUCCCUUCUGAAGCCUCUGUUUCUCAGAAGAGCAAAAAAUAUGAAAAGAGGAACAGGCUGCCCUGCAGCACUGACAGGACACAAUGUGUAACUUGUGAUAUUUAAGGUGGUAAGAGAUUCAAAGCAAAAGCCACAUGAAUCUGAAAACUGACCCUGACUUAAGCUAAGAACAAUGGAUACCCCAAAAGUGAAUGGCAUAUCUAUAAAAGAGAAUGGAAGCAAAAGAAGACCACCCUCUUAUUCUGUAGAGACGCCCUAUGGGUUCCAUCUGGACUUGGACUUCCUGAAGUAUGUGGAUGACAUUGAGAAAGGCAAUACCAUCAGGAGGGUGCCAGUGCAACGAAGGCAAAGAGGGCGAAAUAAUGGCAUCCUGUCACGUAACUUAAGCCUUCCAGGUUACGGAUGCAGAGCUACACAGUGGAACUCGAUUAGCACUUUAUGGCCCAAAACUCAACUAGUAGACUCUCAACACUUUGAAUUUCGCUCUAGUGACAGUAUGUCUGCUAGCUAUGCUAGGACGACAGAACCCAUCUACAAGUCCUUCACAGCCACAGAGAUAGAUGCUAGCAUUCAGGCUUUUGACGAGCAGCCCUUAGGCCAUUAUAUCAGGCCAAAUCUCCUGAGAGCCUCCAGUUUACCCUUGACGGUUUUCCUGAGGAAACAGUCAGAGUCAACCGAGGACCCAACCAGCCCCAGCAGCCCCAAGGAAUAUCUAGAACAGGAAAACGGUUCCUCUGAAGAUGUCUUCCAUGCUUCCAAUAGAACGGGUAGAGCAAACGGAACCCUUCAGCGGCUCACUGCAGCUCUUGAAAGAGUUGGGGAAUUGGAGAUGGAGAUCAGAGUAAUUCCUGAGCUUAAGGCUCAGAUAUGUAUUUUGCAAGAGGAACGAGAGAGGCUUUUACUCCAGUUACAUUCCCAAAAUGACACCACUGGGCCACUGGAUGUUCCUCGACACACAAAUAAAUUGGACAUUCCCUUAUGUGCCUUAAAGACUAAAGAGAAUCAAGACAAAGCAAUUGAUGAUUGGAUGAAUCGAGAAUACGACCGGCUUGAGGAAAAUGUUAAGGCUUCCUCUGAGCAAGUUGAUGCUUUUGCAAUACCUUCAACAAGUGAAAGGAUGCUUCAAGACAUAGGUUGCUCUCUGCAACUACGCAAGACGGUCUUACGGGAUAGAGAUCUUUUGGAUAAUGUUGACAGAACCAAGUCUCUCACUGAGACUCUACAAAGGAAGGUUGUGAUGCUGGAAAAAAAAAUCCAUGAUCUGGAGGUAGAGCUGGACAAGACCAAAGCUCUUUUGAAGCACCAAGUAGAUGAGAGCCAUCUCAAGGAUGAAGAGAUCAAGCAGUUGUCUGCACACCCUGACACUGGGCAUACAUUUGCCAAAACAACUUCAUCUGGGAUUACAUCAACAAGUACACAGAAUCUGCAGCCUGUGGUAGAAUCACGGGAAGGAUUAAUAUGUGUGCAAGAGAUGGCAGUAGAGGAGGGAAUUACCCUUGAUAUUCUGGAACAACCUCCAGUAUCACAAACAGACAUAGAGCAGCAUGUGAAAAAAUUGCAAGAGCUCCUUCAGGAGCAGUGGAAGUGCCUCUGCAAAGAGGACUCCAAUGGAAGAAUAUCUUCUGAGCACUUGCCCCCACGAGUCUGUACCAUUCAAGAUCAGUUGGUAACUCUAGUCACCCUUCUCACCCUCUAUGUGUUUCCUACUGGAGAUAUUCCACAACCAGCUAAAAUGGAGGAACGUAUUCCUGUGGUAGAGGAGGAGAACCCAAAGACAGAAAGUCUAAAGACAGUCAGCUUAAGAGACAGUGAGAAUGCAGUGAAAGAUGGAAUAAGCAAUGCUAUCAAACUACAUGAGCAUAUCGAAGAGGAUGCUGACAUCAAGAAGAACACCAAGAUUGAAGCCGACAAGUCAUGGACUCCAUGGACAAUGGACCCCAAAGUACCGACAGGUAAAAGUGAAGAUGCCGAAUCCAAUACAAAAGAGGAUGUCAUAGAUGAAGGAACCACAAAAAAGGAAGAAAUGCAUAAGGAAACGAGUCAUGCGAGUGAUCCAGAGGAUCAGACAGGGAGAGAGGAAGUUGCCUUCAAUCAGAAACAGCUGGAACAGAGUAAAGGAAACAGGGAAGCUGUUAAUAAAGAUUUCAUAGAGGCAUGCUGUUUCCUGAAAGACCACAUGGAUAAAAUGUCUGAACCUGAUAAUGUAAUGAGCCAGGCUCUUACUGUGGUGUUCCAGCAGUGGUUCCAUGUGUCUGCUGAGGAGGACGCCCGCGCUGACAUUGUCUCUUUAUAUAUCAAUGAAGUUAAAUCACAGACACCCACAGUCCUUGAGUUCCUGGUCAACAUGGUGGAUGAUAAUGGGAACACAGCCCUACAUUACAGCGUAUCUCACAGUAACUUCAGCAUUGUCAAGCUCCUUUUAGACACAGGAGUGUGUGAAGUGGACCGGAGAAACAAGUCUGGUUACACAGCUAUCAUGCUGGCAUCUUUGACAGAUGUAGAAUCUCCAGGUGACAUGAAAGUGCUCCAGCAACUGAUGGAGCUUGGUGAUGUCAAUGCCCAUGUUGGCCAGGUGGGACAAACGGCCCUCCACCUGGCAGUAAGACAUGGACGUGUCCCAAUAGUGCGUCUCCUACUGGCACAGGGGGCAGAUCCUAAUGCCCAGGACCAUGCAGGAACCACCCCAAUGAUCAGCGCCUGUGAUCGUGGACAUAUCAAUGUUGUACGAAUUUUGUUGGAAGAUACAAACUGCGAUGUCAACUUAAAAGACAAGGGUGGUCGCAGUGCAUUAUCUCUGGCUACACAGGCCUCUCAUACAGAGAUAGCAGAUCUUCUGAAAGCCCGCACAGAAACCAAGAGCUCAGAAAAGUGCAAGGUGUCAUAGAAUGGAGUAUGUAAUUCAUGGGCCUACUGUGCAUUCAACGUCCCAGUGCAGCCCCACUGGGAAUAACAUUUAUACUUUAAUAAGCAUUCAUGUACAGUUAUUGUUAAAAAGGUCAGCAAUAAAAUGUUAAUAUUAAAAUUUGCAAUUUAAAAUCAAGGCAAAAGUUGUUUGCUAAUGUAAUGUUUGUAAAUGUAAAUAUGACUGUCUAAAACCUGACAAUAAAAAUGGAAUAUGCAUUCCAUGCAUU